AACAAAAAUUUUCUUGAGCCCAAAAAUGGAAGGAAAAAACAUUCUGAGUUUGGUGUUGGGGUCUCUAGUUUCCAGAGUCCACAGAAUAGCAGAAAGCUUAUUCUUUUUCCUCGAUUUAGUUCCAAUUUCUAUGAAGUGCUCAAGAAACAGAAAUAAACAAAUCCAUGAUAUUUGUGUUCAUGAUUUGAUGAUACUGGUAGGAUUAGCGAUGCUGGAGAACUUUUUCAUAUGAUGGCCCAAAGAAACUUUAUUGGGUAUCUUCGUUGCAAACAGUGUGGUAGAAGAUGCUCAUGAAGUGUUUGAUAUAAUGCCUCAAUGAUUUUCAAACUUACACACAUAUAUUGUUUCUAUAAAAAUGUUGCUUCUGUUGUGUUGUGAUUUGUGAGGCUGUGAUAAUCUGACCUACUAGCAGGUUUUCUAAGUGAAGUUAUCUGUAAGAUAGAAUUUUCAUUUGAAAGGAAGCACUCAUGUCUUUAAACUUCUGCGCUGUUUUUUCACCUUAGCUCAUAUUAUUCAUCUGAAUAUUGCUAUAGACCCGUCCUAUUUAAAUACUUGUGUUGCUUUGAAACGUCUACUUUAAGUUUUAGAUGCUUGAGGAAAUUUUACAGUGGAUGAUCUGCACCUAUGAUCUAUGUGCUAAUCUAAUGCAAAUAUGUAGAAAUUAAGAUUAAAAUUUAAGAACCACGUGUAGCUGAAAAUAUUACAGUCAAAUUUUAGUCCACAUUAAAUCCCUGGCUGGCUAUCUUUCUGGUUCAAACUUACUGAUUUCUGAUCAAGAGAACAAUGGCUCUGUCAAUGAACCUGAUCCAUAUUGGUCUCAACUUUCACCUGAGUACUAAACCCAAAGUUGGGGUCUCUGGAAGCUUUAUGUCCAGAUCUUCAGCAGGGCUUCGUGUUCGAGCUGUCCAAGAUAAUGGCGGAUCACGGAGACUAGUUGACAUCAUUCGACUCGUGCCUGAACUCUCAAGGAAUUACUUCAAGAGCCCUUCUCGCAGGACUCUAUUCGGUGGAAUCUCCUUGCUGGGUGGAUUCUAUGUUGCACAGACAAUCUCCCUAUCAUUUGGAGCUCUAGGAGUCAAUGAUGUCAUUGCAGCAGUGCUUUGUGUUCUUCUUACAGAGUAUGUGACUAAGUUCUAUUACAGCAGGCCUAAAGUUACUUUUCCUAUUGCUCUUCUGAACAAUUUCAAAAUGGGUUUCACUUAUGGUCUCUUCAUUGAUGCCUUCAAGCUUGCCAGUUAAUCUUUAUUGAUAUCUUAGUGCAACUUCUCCUAUUCAAAAUUUGUUCCAUUAUUUAUCAAGAAAAAUAUAAUUAAGCCCCCUAAAUUACAGUCCAUGUAAAAUUUACACCUUAAACUUUCAAAUAUGUAAUUUGAUACCAAGUUGUAAAUAAUGCACAAAUAGUGGAUCCAAUAUUGCUGUCAGCAUUAGAAUUAGUUAGGUUAUGUAUUCUCAUCAAACCUCUCAAAUUAUGGUGAAAGAACAACAGAAUGUUUUGGUUUUGUGGAAACAUUUCUUGUCCAGUUAAUAUCAUCUUCAUCAAUGUUAGGUGAGGUGAUGGUAUUAAAACAUCACUUUUAGAAGAGGAAUGUUGCAAUUCAAGUUCAUUUGAUGGGUAGAAACCCCCUAUUAUGCCUGAAUUUAU